CCUUACUUGUACAGACAGGAAUGUUUCCUGCUUUCUUCUUUGAACAACUCACAGCAGAGGGGAUGGGAAACUGUUUUAUAGCUCUUGAAACACAUGCACCGUAAGCAUGUCAGAGGCUAUCCGGUGCACUCUGGUAAACUGUAGUUGUCAACAUUUUAAACCUGGGAAAAUAAACCAGCGACAAUGUGACCAGUGUCGACAUGGAUGGGUAGCACAUGCUUUAAGCAAACUAAGGAUCCCCAAUCUAUACCCAACAACCCAAGUAGAAAUAGUCCAAUCCAAUGUGGUCUUCGAUAUCAGCAGCCUCAUGUUGUAUGGAACCCAAGCCAUCCCUGUCCGUCUCAAAAUACUCUUAGAUCGGCUUUUCAGCGUCCUGAAGCAAGAAGAAGUAGUUCAAAUUCUUCAUGCACUGGACUGGACACUUCAAGACUACAUACGUGGAUAUGUAUUACAGGAUGCUUCAGGAAAGGUGCUGGACCACUGGAGUAUCAUGACAAGUGAAGAAGAGCUGGCGACUUUGCAGCAGUUUCUUCGUUUUGGUGAAACCAAGUCCAUUGUGGAGCUGAUGGCAAUUCAGGAGAAAGAAGGGCAAUCCAUCGUAAUCCCCCCAGUGGCAGCCAACAUGGAUAUUAGGGCAUUUAUAGAAAGCUGCAAUCAGAGGAGUCCAAACCUUACCUCUUCCAUGGACAAAAUAAACCCUGUUAACAUCCAUCACUUUGAAAGUGUUGUAAAUAAUAUGGCUUUCAUGCUGCCUUUUCAGUUUUUCAGUCCCAUGCCGCCACCACUGAUAGGCUCAUUGCCAGAAAGGCUUUUGAUCGAACAAGUUCAGGACCAGAGCAGUGGACUUAAACAAGAUGUUCAUGUGCCAUUCUCUGAAAGCAGCUUCCUAACUUCCAGUUCUUCAUUUCAAGCCAAAAAGGAAAAGGCCGUGAACAGCCCUGAUAUCAUUUCGAAUCCGGAGGAUAGUAUUAUGACAAGUGAGUCCAGUUCCCGAGACACAGUUGCAAAGGUUGAAAUGAGCCAGGAAUCUCCAGACAGCAAGAUGAAAUCUGCUGACAAAAAUGGAACCGGCACAAGGAAAGGGCGUGUAUAUUGCACAGCGUGUGAGAAGACAUUUUAUGAUAAGGGGACUCUCAAGAUCCACUAUAAUGCUGUCCAUCUGAAAAUCAAACACAAAUGUACAAUUGAAGGUUGCAACAUGGUGUUUAGCUCCCUGAGGAGUCGCAACCGUCACAGUGCCAAUCCUAACCCGAGACUUCACAUGCCAAUGAACAGAAACAACCGAGAUAAAGACUUGAGAAAUGGACUAACCAUUGCUGGACUGGAAGACAACAAACGGACAGACUUUACCAUUUUACCUCCAGAUUCUAGAUCCAUCUCCAGCUAUGCUAGCUCCUGUACUGAUUCGAAGGUACACCCGAGUUUUCACGGUACAGGACAAAAUGGCAUUCUUUUUCCAAACUUGAAGACAGUCCAACCAGUUCUUCCAUUCUAUCGCAGUCCAGUCACACCGGCUGAACUGGCAAACACACCAGGUACGCUUCCUUCUCUACCACUGGUUUCCUCCUCAAUACCUGAACCGUUGAAUUCUAAUGAGUCAGCCUUCGAUUCAUUACCCAAGAAGAAAUCUCGGAAAUCUAGCAUGCCUAUCAAGAUAGAGAAAGAAGCCAUUGAAACAACUAGUACAACCAACGAAGUUGCCAGCUCAGAAGAUGACUUGCCUCCGCAGGCGGUAAGUGUUGGGCAUGUUGAAAUAUGCGAGUCUAGGAUAGAAACAGAUAUGGAUCACCCAGUGGAAAAGCAAUCCCAUCCAGGUAACUCAUGGAAAUCCAUUUCUGAGGUUGGAGAGCCAAAAUAUUUCGAAUCUAUCAAGCCAAAUGAACCAUGCAACAACAUGGACAGAUCGUACCACCCUGAAAAAGAGAAGCCAGAACAAAGCCAAGUGUUAAAAAUGGUUUCUCGUCAAAGGGUAUAUGAAGAUCCCAGCCAACACAAUGAUGUGAUCAAAGCAGUGACUGAAUCACAGGCCUAUUUUAAAGAGCAGUGGAAUUACAGGAUUCCUAUAAAUGACUGCACUGGAUUGCAACACCAAUUGCUGAUUGGGGAGGGAUUCAACACAUUGGCCAAGCGGGGUGUUGCCAUUUCUGAUUUUGAAGACAUUAAAGCUAUGGAUCAUGUCAGUCAACACGCGUUAGGGAUUCAGAAGGAAGACAAUCGCUUCCAUUGUGACAUCUGUCAGAAGACUUUUAAAAACCCAUACAGUGUAAAAAUGCAUUUUAAAAAUGUACACCUGAAAGAAAUGCAUAUUUGCACGGUGGAGGGUUGUAAUGCUGCUUUUCCUUCUCGUAGAAGUCGAGACAGACACAGCUCUAACCUAAAUCUUCACCAUAAGCUUUUGACCAAAGAUCCCUUGGAAAUCAAGAACAACCAUUUCAACGCAGCAUACCUCUUGAAGGACAUGGCCAAAGAGGUUUGUCCAGAUGACUCUUUGAAAGGUCCCAUAGGACAACAGACUUCUGUCAUAUUUCAAGGCUUGAACAGGACGGGUAGCAUCGUUUUCCCACUGACCAAGACUGGAGAGUCCUAUCCCGAGAGCUACAGGUAUGACCCAGAGAACGAUGGCGGUGUCCUGGAUUUAAGCACUACGUCUAGCAUCAAAUCAGAGAGCAGCAUACAUUCCUCUUGGGAUUCUGAUGUCAACGACGAAGGCCUCGGCCCUUUGGAAGACAGUGAUGAAAGCAGCGAAAGCACAAGUUUGGCACCGAAUGAAGAGGUUUAUCAGGAUGAUACUCUAACGGACAAGUCUAACUCAAACUUUUCAAAUAUACCUUCCAGUUUGUCAAUCACCUGUCAUCUAUGCCAAAAAAGUUACAGUAAUAAAGGAACCUUCAGGGCCCAUUACAAAACUGUGCAUCUCCGACAGCUACACAAAUGCAAAGUCCCCGGGUGCAACACGAUGUUUUCAUCCGUUCGCAGCCGAAACAGGCACAGCCAGAACCCUAAUCUACACAAGAGCUUGAUCGGAUCAACAAACAGCCCCAAGUAACGUCUCACUGAUCUGUAUGUGACGUGUGUUCUAUCUUAAUCAUUUCAGCUUUAAAAAAAAAUGUGUUAGAAUAAGAUACGUUUGCUUUGCUUUGCUUUAACGUGGAACCCACUGAAAACACGGGACAACAUUCUGCUUCUGUUUACAUAGGCUAUUCUUCACUGACCACAAACAGCAACAAUUCCACCGCCCCCUCCCUCAAAAGAAGGACACCAGUGUGUGGGUUUUAUACCCAAACACAGAUACUUGCUCAGAAAGAACAAAGGAAUAUUGGGAUGCAGAUGGUGAAAUGACACACUAAAUGGUGUUCUUCAUGCUUUCCAACACAUCAGUGAAGAUGCUUUUCUGACAUUUUGUUUACAUGUUAAAUGGGAGGAGGAUCAAUCCAGUAAAAACUUCUGGAUGUUAUCAACUAGUUGAGCUGGGUUUUUGAGCGCUGUCAUUUCACUUGAGAUCACAGCACAAAGGUGGAACCACAUGUUACAAGAAAUACAAAUCUGCCGUUGAAAGUGGCAUCCCUGUGUUCUCCCUCCCUCCCUCCCUCUCCAUAAAGUGUAGUAAAAAGUUACCUUGUUGAGUGUUUUCCAUCCCUGCUUCAGGCAGCCAAUGAUGGGAACGGUGGCUGGAGAACUUGACACAGGGAUGCAGUUUUCAGCGGCAGCCACAAGUUCCUCAUAAUAUAUAAGGCUGACUUAACAGUAUUAAAUAAAUGUGGUGUUUUCAGAUUAAUUUAUUGUUUAAUGCCAAAAGCCAAAAUACAGAUUUAGAAACAUGUAGCACAUGAUCUUGGAGCUCCUGACUUGAUUCCUUGAUGGCGGUAGAAAUUUUACUUGAAAUAUUGUAGGGAUUUCUUCAUUAUUUUUUGUAUUUGGAAAAGGCCGAGCCCCAUUUCUAACCAGUCAUGUAAACGUCUUGUCUAAAAGAAUAAUGUUGCCGGCUUCAAGACGGAUCUGUGAACUGCAGGAUGCCAGAAGCCACUCGGCAGUUCAUGGAUCUGUCUCGGAACUUGCUUCUGAGCUUUAAAACGUAUUAACAGGAAUAGUCUGAAAAUAAUAGAUUACAUUCCUUUUUUUUAAAAAAAAAAGUGUCUCCAUCUUCUUGGGAAGCCUCUAAAAGGUAGCAGUAAGUUUAGACUAAUGAAUCAUACCAUGCUCCCAAAGAUUUUUGAACCACAGGACAUACAUGUGGGAGAUGUUCAAUAUACAGCAUAUAUUUUAUUGCACUUUUUGAUUGCUACAUUUAAAAAUACAACGUUUUGGGGGAAAAAACCAUUAUUCAGCAUUUUUCAACACUUUACAGGACCUGGCAGAUAUGACUAUAUCGAGAUGUAUUGUUUUUGUUAUUGAAGUUGUUAUCGUACAGGGGAGAUGCUGGUCUUUAUGACACUAAGAAGGGUCAUCCAUUCGCUUUGUUGAACACACUGUUUUAUAUUAGAACAUUGCUUGGUAUAAAUAUAACAAUACUGUUCAAUAUUCUUGUCACUGUACGUACCAGUAUUCUACAUUAUGUUCUAUGCACUUAAAGAGAUUGGUCUUACGUUGUAUUUAAAAACACUUUUAUAAUAUUUAAUUUCCAGCCACAACCAUGGCUGUAUUUGUGUAAGUGGUGUGCCAGUGUCUUCGAUGAAAAAUAUUUUUUUUAAAUAGCUGCAACAAAACCAAUUUUUUUUUAAAUUGACUAAACGUUUUGAUUGUUUCUCAUCAGAUUUUGAUUGUUUAUGGUACCCAAGCAUGAUGCUUAACGCACAUAUUGUAAAUAUGAUGCCAAAUGUUUAGAGUGAUUUGUGCUUUCUAUGACUGUUUCUAGAUUUUGGGGGAGGGGAGGGUUGCUGAAUUUUCACUUUGAUAACCUUUGUUUUGUUUUGUAACUGUAUAACAGUAGAUAGGAAAUUUGGACUUGGCAGGUAGUGUGAAUAUGAAAAGCUAGCCGCAUGGUUCAUUCUUUCAUUUAUUCUAGAUUAACACUGCAAUGUUUGUAACCAAAUUUUGUAUCAUGAGGCAGAUUGGAAUAAUUUGAACGUGCAAUGCUGUUAUGUGAAGUGGUUGUUGAUGACAACCUUUGAUGUGCUGGAAUUUGAGUUGAGAUCAACCUGACUUGGUUUCUAACACACGUUAAACCAGUUAUCUGAUUUACAACAGAUUUUGAUUUACCGCUGAUUCACAACAGAAGGUUCUACCAUAUGUUGAAAUCAGCAGGCAGCCCGUAAUUCUGAACUCCACUCCCCACACACAGACCUCACGGACUAGCUAGUUGUCUGAACACAGAGAAGAACCAUUUGAACACCCAGCAGCCACAGGGUAAAGGAGAUGUGUUAAUUCUUAAUCUGGAUUCCACCAUGUCAAAGUGGACAUCCUCCAACUUUCUGGGUCAGGUUGAGAAAGACUUAGGGCUGCCAGAACCCACUGAAUCUUUAUAUCUCACUGGGAGAGUUGAUUGCUAAUACCAGUAAGACUGAGUGCUGGAGCCUUUCUAGUAGUCUCUGUAUUUACUCAAGAUAUUAAUGGGGAGAGCAGAUGGGCCAAGCCAUGGAGAGAGACAAGAGGGACAAAAGAAGAGUUGUGACUGUCACUUUUUAUAGUUUGUGGUUUCCCUUUCUUUACGCCCUAUAGAGGUCGUUUUUAAACAUAAAGAGAACCCAGAUCUGUGUGUCUGCAAACUCCAAAUCCUUUUGUACAAGGAUAGAAAGUUAUAAUAUCUGGGGAAGGCAUGCCUAUCAAAGCCCUUUAGCAUGGCGUAAACAAGGAGUGGUUUGGAGGAGAGGGUGUGAUUGAUAUGGAGAAGAUCUCUAAGCAGAAAUGAGCGUGUAGGCUGGCCCCAGCACAAGCUACCAUAACUGGCUUGGAGAUUUGGGAGGGGGAGUGUUCCCAAUCUUAAAAAUUUAAGUGUAACUUGUAAUACACCAGGUAGGAUUCUCACAGCUCAUCUACCAUGUAUGACAGUCCACUGGGGGCUCAAUAAACAUGUUUGCCAGCUGCCCAGACUACAAAAGCAGGGACAAGAACUAUGUAUGGCUCAUGGGCAAAAGUCAGCUUGACGGCUCACACAAGCUGUGUGGGUGGACAACUCUUUGAGCAGUGAUUCAGUUCUUGCUGCAUCCCUGGGAAUCCAUGACUCCGUCUCAACUGUCAUAGGGGUCUUGGGCAUUGGUCCAAAAAAGAUCGGGGGAGUGCAUGAAAAAUGGCAUUUUGCAGAACUGAAAAUGCUUGGGCCACGGUGUAAAAAUCCAGUGUCAAAGUGAUGAUGAGAUGGUUGCUUGGAACACAUUUUGUGUUUGGAGCUGUUUUGUGGGAGAAACCGUUCUGCAUUUGUGGCUGAAUCAUGCCAUUUUACUUUUCAUGUCAGAACUCUGAUCUGGCUGUCGUUUUGGAAUUAAGGAUUGCUGGGACAAUCAAAUGCCUAAUCAUUGGUUGGUUAACGGAAGUAGGUUCAGAGUUUUUGUUCAAUUAUCCUUGCGUCAUCCUAUUUAAUUCAGUGCGACCAGGCCCGCUAAGAACAUCUUUUCCAUUUAUUUCAAGGGUUUUUUUGUAUAAAUGUGCUUGCUUAAUCUUUAAAGGUUUGCUUUUUUUUAAAAAAAUGAAAGAAACGUGUGCUGUAAACACAAGCUGUAUUGCCCAGUUCUUUUGUUUUUCACUAUUCCCCCCAAAGUAAUACUGUUUUGUAUUUCUUCAGAAUUUUCUAUGUGUUAAUAAAAAUAUGUCAUAAUAUCUUU